AUGCGCUAUCAGGUGCCCAGGAAUGGUGGUCACACACAGGCUUUUGAAUUCGCGUUCCACCACCGGGCCUGCAAGAAGAGCUUUCUUAUAGUCAACUGUCCGCAUUGUCAUGAGAUCGAUGCUUACAAUGGCCCUGAUUUCCAAGACGGCCUUGCAUGCACAUGCGACUGGUGCAAGAAACCCUUUCAGACAGUUCGCUGUCCGCAUUGCCGGGGCGUGAACUCGUGGAAGAAUGCCAGAGACAAGAAAGGUGUUGUGCACAUAUGCAUCCGUGACCAGUGUAGAAAGCGCUUCGGGACAGUUGUAUGUCCGCAUUGCCAGGGCAUCUGGGUUGGGAAUUUUGCCACGUGCAACGAGGGUAGCGAGGGCCUUGCGUCGACACAUGUGCACGAAGCAUGCAAGAAACAGUUUCAGGCAGUCAGCUGUCCGCAUUGUCAGGAGAUCAACGUUUGGAAGGACACUGGCUACGAAAACGGCCAUGUGUACACAUGUGCUCACGAACGGUGCAAGAAGCGCUUUCAGGCAGUCAGCUGUCCGCAUUGUAGCCAGAUCAACAUGUCCAAGGAUGUUGACAGUGAGCCUGCAGGCGCCUGCAAAUCGUGCAAGAAGCAGUUUGUGCAACUCAACUGUCCGAGCUGUCAGACAAGUGACAUUGAGAGGAAGACAUUUGGUAUCAAGAUGUGGGAAUGCAAGUGCAAGAUCUGCUUGCACCGCUUUCUCACUACAGCAGCCAGUUGUCCGCAUUGUUCCUUCUGGACCGCGUGCACAGUUGGAGUCCUCGAGGACCCCAAGAAGGACGGCGUUGUGCGCACAUGCGCGCACGACUCGUGCAUGAAGAAAUUUCAGACUGUCGCUUGUCCGCAUUGUCGCCGGGUCAACAUGUUCAAGAAUGCCGACUAA